CUCCUCUUCUAUCUUCAUCACCAAACACACCGACACCCACUCCUGAAAAACAAAACCUAUCAAAGAUCGAAUAGUGAGUCAUUUCAUCGAUACACGGAUUCUGGUUUUUCAGAUAACAUCUGAGCCAUAGACAGAGAGAAAAACCAAACAUGGGUUCUCACAAUUCACUGCACAAGGUUUGAAAUUCCUUUCAGAUUUUCUCUGUUCCUUAAACAAUUUAACUCGUCUUUCAAUCUAAGUAACAGAUGCUUUCUAGGGUUAGGGUUCCGAUCACCUGUGCGUGACGAUUAUGAUACUUUAUGGUACACUUUCUGAAUUUGUUCAAAUUCUAGGCUUUUGUUGCAUAAUAAGCUUAUUUGGGUAUACAGUUGAAGUUUUAUUGGUUUAGAUUUUGUUGUUAUUAGUUUGUUAAGUUAUGCAAUCUCGAAGGAACGAAGACCGAACGAUCCUACCUGACCCUAAAAUGAAGUUAAGGGGUCGUGGAAACGAGUUGGGUCAUGCCCGUGACCCGUAUGACAUGCCCCGUGGGGAUUUAAGUUUGAGCCCUAGGAAAGUGGAGGGAUCGAGGCGACUUGUGGAUGGAAGGAAUAGUUCAUUGGAAAGAAGGGAUUUUGGUGGUGGUGGUAAGGGUGAGCGAGUAAGGUCAAGGUCUCCCCCAUUCGGGCUAAUGCGAGAAAGGAGGGGCUAUGAUGAUGGGGUUUAUCCAAGUAGGGAUUUUCCAAAUGCGGAAUUGAGGCAGAGGUACGAAUUUGUGGAUCGUGUUGAUUUGGAUGCUGAUGCGAACGCUGGGUUGAAGCAUGAACGUAGGCAUGAAGCUCGGCUGAUAAGGGAGGAGGACUUUGGUGGUGGUAGAUUUGCAGGUCAGAAAUUUAUGGGGUCACAAGAAAUGUUUAGACUGCCUCAAGAUUUGGUAACCAGAUCAAAAUAUGGGGAAGGUGGUGAAGGUUUCUCAUCAUCCCUGGCAAAUAUGAAUACAGGCCAGUUCAAGGAUGAAAGGGCUCGGUAUCGGGACACACUAGUGGAUAAAGUCUCGGUUAUGGAAUCAUACAGGGAAAGAGAAAAACCAAUUUUUUAUUCAAGGGAUGUAACAUAUCCCAAUGUGCCAAUGUCGAAGGACUAUAUGGGCUCAGCAUCUGGAAUAUCUAGGGCCUAUUUUGAGGGAUCAUACCAAGAUGAUAUGCCUUUAGUGACUGAUUCUGGGAAGUCUGCUAAGUUCACAGAACCUUUUGGAUUCAACGUUCAAAGGUCCAGGUUAGAAUCUGGAAGAGACCCUAACAGGGAAAAUGAGGAUUUUCCACACUAUUGGAGGGACAAAUUUAGUCCAACAAGAGCUGAUCGCCAGGAUUAUUUGAAUCCUAGGCCUAGGGAAGGAGAUAGUGACAUUUAUGGCCAUUUGUCAGAUAAUUUAUACAGAAGGAUGGGUACACGUGAGCGAGUUGAGUCAGUUGACUAUGACCAUAAAGAUUUGUUAAGACCAGUUAUGAGGGACCCUGUUCAAGAUGCGGUUGAUAAUAGUGAAUAUACUUCAAGAAAUCUGAAGGAUAGAAGUUUCGUGGACCACCCUUCUAUUCAAAAGCAGAAAGUUCCUAAUUACUUUGAUGUGAGCGCAUCAAAAGGUCAGGAGUAUUUUGACCAUAGAAGUGCUCAUGGUGAAUAUGGGAGGGUCUCUCGUGAAAGGGAAAUGCCACAUUUGGGUGUUUCAAAGCAUCACAAAAUAUCACACUUGAGGUCAGAUUUUGGUUUUGGAAGAGAUGCAGGUCCCACAUCUCAUGGUGAAAGAAUGAGAAAUUCACCCGAGUUUGAAUAUGAUCGGUCAUACGAAAUACAAGCGGAGGAGCAUGAAAUCUAUGACUCAUCUGACAGGGCACUUAGGAGAAAGUACAAUCCAGAUGCAGAAAUGAGUAGGCAUAAUCCCAGAGGAAUUAUCUUAGAUAAAUGGUAUAGUAAUAGUAGAGUACGACAUCUAGAUGACAGAAGUGAGGAGUGGAGGGGUCAAGAUUCAAGUAUUAAAUUUAAGUCUAGAAGUGGGGGCUAUGACAAUAAACGAUAUCCAAGGGAAGAACGGGAAUUUACUGGGGAAGAUCGCCGUAGAUUUUCUGAAUCUGAGGAUUGGUUGCCAUCUGACGACUAUAUGGAACACGUGCAAGAGCAUUCAAUCAAACCACAUAAAUCUGGUGUUAAAUAUUCAAAGGGUCAUCUUAGACACGGUCAACAAAGCUCACAUAUUUCAUCUCGUUUAGACACAAGACAUGUUCUUCCCAAACCACGCAAUGUUUGGAUUAGAGGCCAGGAUGAUAACCAAGUGGAUAAGCAUGAUAACCAAGUGAAUAAGCAUGAAAAUGAAGUUGACCAUUCUGACAAUUGGAUGAGUUCUUCAAAGCCUGAGCCACGUGAAGGGUCCGAGGAAUUUAAGCAAUUGGUCCAAAAGGCUUUCUUGAUUUUCAGCAAAAAGUUGAAUGAAAACCCUGCUGUUCGGAAAAGAUACAAGGAGCAAGGAAGAGCUGGUUGCUUGUUCUGCAUCGUAUGCGGGAGAAGUGUAUCAAAAGAGUUCAUGGACACUCAGCGAUUGGCUACGCACGCAUUCAUGUCUCACAAGUUCAGGUUGAGAGCAGAGCACCUGGGUCUUCACAAAGCAAUUUGUGUUCUGUUAGGGUGGAAAAGUGAGGUGGCCCCUGAUGUUAGCACAUGGGUUCCGGAGCGUAUUUCUUAUAAAGAAGCCAUGGCUCAGAAGGAGGACAUCAUUCUCUGGCCACCAGUCGUCAUCAUUCAUAACAGUUCUAUGGCAGAAAAUAUAGUGGAUGAGCAGAAAGUCGUAAGUUUAGAGGCAGUUGGAGAUUUUCUUAGAGGUGAAGGUUUUAGUGGGGGAAAAUUCAAGAUGUGCCUUGGGAAGCCAGGAAACCACAGUGUCAUAGUGGUACGGUUCUUGGGUACGUUUUUUGGUUUGCAAGAUGCAGAGAAGCUCCACAAAUAUUUUGUCGACAACAAGCGUGGAAGAGAUUUUGGGCGAGGGGGCCCCAGUUCCAGCAAGGGCAAAAGCAGCAGCAGUAAUGAGGUAGUUGGAAAAAAAAAUGUGGAGCUCGUGCUUUACGGAUACAUGGGGAUUUCUGAGGACUUGGAUAAAGUCGAUAUAGAUACAAAGAGAAAGUGUUGGAUAAAGAGCAAGAAGGAGAUCCACGAUCUUGAAAAUGCUCCUGUUAAACCCGAUUGAGCGUGGGGCAUAUUACUAUGACUGAGAAGUUCUUCUGACCAAAAAAACAGUUUUUGAUUUACAGUUUAUGUUUAGACAUGAGUAUUAUCCCUUAUAUCCUACCUGGAUUGAUUUUGAUGGUUUGGAUAGGACGCGGUUGGUUAAACUUCUGAUCUAUAUUUGCACUUGCCAAAGUAACAAGAAACGUUGUUCCUCAGUAACCACCUUAAGGAAAUUGGCAAACAUCAUAACAUUUGGUGAUUCGGAUCAG